UAAACCCCUUCCUUUUUCACCCCGUCCAUCCCCAAUUCCCAAACAUCUCGCACACUCAUCCACUUCAUCUCUGGACUCUAGAAGAACGGUGACCCAUCAUCCAGCCGCCAUGAAGACUGUUUUGACUCUGCUUGGGCUUUUUUCUCUGGCCUGCCACAGUAUUCUCUCCUGUUCUGUCUGCGAAGGCAACGCUCUGAAAUGUCACACGUGCGUGGCAUCCAGCGAGGAAGACUGCAACAAGCAGGGCUCCACCUCGUGUCCACAGUACGCUGACGCCUGCUCCACCAUCACAGGCCCAAACACCGUGAUGAAGUCAUGCACAUACAAGGCGUUCUGCGACAAGGCGCACGGCAGCAGCUCAGGAGCCAAGAUGGAGUGCUGCUUUGGGGACGACUGCAACGGGCCCCACCGGAGCCACCACCGUAACGCAGCGGGGGCGCCGUCUACCAGCCCGGCCGUGCUGAUCACCUCCCUGCUGCUGCUGCUGCUUCACGUUGCCUUCAGUCAGUUCUGAACCUCCCACCACCUAGUCUUCUCCCUCCAGCGUUUCACCACCUCCUCCUCAUCUGCUCUAUCGUUAAUGUCAUCAAUCCGAGAUCAAAAGAGGAUCCGAGACGCAGAGAGUUUCUGGUGGUUUGAGAUAAGUGCGACAACAAGAACGCACUUCUCUGAUUGUGGUGCAUGAAAGGUCCUGGCCCACCGGUGCAAGCUGCGUUUUUGGCAGCUUUCCUUGUCUUUUACUGUCACUGAAAACUUACACCACAUAUAUUUUGAUAGUUACACAAUAAGAUGAGGUUUUUCUGUAAAAUAACACGUGAACUUGGGUGUGUUUAUGAUGAAUAAAAGUGAAGAACUCCCACUCAGCUCCGGUGCAGACAGGGGGAGGUGGGUGUGGUUUCAGUAAGCACGACAGUUCGCUUCACCGCAAAGAAUCACAUUAUUCACAUCUGGCGUCAUUACCAUCUGUAAUCUAAUCAUUUAUUGUGCUUUCUAGUUUGUCUGAAUAAAAAAACACAAUCACA